UGGGUGUUUGAGAUUUCUGUUUCUACCACAGUACUAAAAGUUAACUUGAGAUGGACACAAAAUUGAGAAGAGUUCUCUCAGCAGUCAUUCGAACCUCAGCCUUGUCCAGCCUUGUGACACAAAGCAAGACAACCACACUGCCUUUUUUCAAACCGAGUAUUCACGUCACACUUCGGCCUUCACAGCUAAAGGUUCGUGAACGAAGUGACGAAAAUGGUUUUCUUCACGCUGAUGCCGUCACUAAAUCUAACAAUGCUACUUAAGCCCUGUCUCAAGAUGCACAUGCCACUGCCCCCAGAUCCUCAUUAUCCGCGACCUGAUUCUCCUACUUCUUUCUUUCUCUCUCCACUCCUUUGUCUGACAUCAACCCCACAUCUCAUACGGACACAGCACUAGUCGGCGACACCAUGCCUCCCAAGUUCAUCUUCUUCGACUGCGACAACACACUCGUCCUGUCCGAGGAUCUCGCUGUCGAAGGCUGUGCCGAUCUCGUCAACCAGAUCCUCGCGACGAAGGGUGUGCCCGAACGCUUCACUCCAGAAACCCUGAUCGCAAACUUCAUUGGCCACACCUUCCGCAGCAUCAUCGUGAGCUUACAACAACAAUAUGGAUUCAGUCUCGCUCCCGAGGAGCUGAAAGCCUACGUCAAGAUGGAAGAAGAAAGAGUGAUCGCGCAGUUCACGGAGCAGGGCAGACCGACUGAUGGCAGUCUUGAAGUCUUCGAACGACUCCAGCAUGACAGCAGAUACACCCUCGCUGUCGUCUCGUCUUCCGCUAUCGGCCGGAUCCGCGCUUCCCUGGCUAAAACAGGUCACGACAACUUCUUGGACCCAAACCAUGUUUUUUCCGCUGCAAGUUCGCUGCCCUGUCCGACUGCCAAACCGAAUCCUGCGAUCUAUCUUUACGCCAUGGAACGACUGGGUGCAGGUCCGAAAGAAUGUGUCGCCAUCGAAGACAGUAUCUCCGGAUGUCGUGCUGCUGUGCAGGCGGGGAUUCCUACGAUCGGAUAUGUGGGGGCGUACCAUACAGACAUGAAGAGAUGUGAGAUGAUGGAGCGUUUGAUCGAUGCAGGAUGUCAGGGAAUACUGUGGGAUUGGAGCGAGUUUGAGGAUACUCUGGCGGAGAUGGAACGAUGCUACGCUUGAAAAUUGGUGCUGGUCGAGUGAUCUGAACGGGGGGGAGGCAA